GGUAGACAUGGUCCUGGUAAUAAAACUGCUGCUCUUCACCUGCCUCUGGCCAACAGCUGCACUAACCAGUGUCAGUUCUCAAAGUGAUCAUCAUCAUCAUUUUCAUCAUCAUCAUCAACAGAAAUGCUCAUCCAUGAAGAAGCAUAACAGCAAACGAGAAAUUAAAAUGAGGAAAUUAGACAGCACCAAAGUACGCCCACUAAAGUCCGAGCAACUUCUCCGCAUAGAUGACCAUGACUUUGCAAUGAGACCUGGAUUCGGAGGGUCACCAAUACCAGUGGGCAUUGAUGUGCAGGUGGAAAGUAUUGACAGCAUUUCAGAAGUUGACAUGGACUUCACGAUGACCUUAUACCUCAGACAUUACUGGAAGGAUGAGAGGCUUUCAUUUCCUAGUACCAAAAACAGAAGCAUGACCUUUGAUGGAAGAUUGAUCAAAAAGAUCUGGGUACCUGAUGUAUUUUUUGUCCAUUCCAAAAGAUCUUUCAUCCAUGAUACAACUAUGGAGAAUGUGAUGCUCCGAGUGUACCCUGAUGGCAACGUACUCUUCAGCCUAAGGAUUACAGUUUCUUCCAUGUGUUUUAUGGAUUUCAGCCGAUUCCCUCUGGACACUCAGAACUGCUCUCUAGAACUGGAAAGUUAUGCUUAUAAUGAAGAUGAUCUGAUGCUGUACUGGAAACAUGGGAAUGAGUCGCUGACCACGGAUGAGCAGAUCUCCCUUUCCCAGUUUUUCAUUGAAGAGUUCAGUGCUUCUAGUGGACUAGCUUUCUACAGCAGUACUGGUUGGUACAACCGCCUUUUUAUAAACUUUGCCCUAAGAAGGCAUAUUUUCUUUUUUGUGCUACAAUCCUAUUUCCCAGCUAUGCUGAUGGUGAUGCUGUCCUGGGUUUCAUUUUGGAUUGACAGAAGAGCUGUUCCUGCCAGGGUAUCACUGGGUAUAACUACUGUGCUGACCAUGUCAACCAUAAUCACAGGAGUAAGUGCCUCAAUGCCUCAGGUGUCUUACAUAAAAGCUGUGGAUGUAUACUUAUGGAUCAGUUUUCUUUUUGUCUUCCUGUCCGUCAUUGAAUAUGCAGCUGUGAAUUAUCUCACCACAGCAGAAGAGAGAAAACAACUCAAAAAAAGAGGGAAGGUUUCAGGAAUGUAUAACAUUGAUGCAGUACAAGCAAUGGCCUUUGAUGGCUGCUAUCAUGACAAUGAGGCUGACAUUGAUAUGACCACCUUUGUGGUCCACUCUGAAGAGAGCUCAGCCCGGGGACGGGCAGCCAGCAUCGCCAACCUGGAUGCAACCCGAAUAAAAAGGAAGAGAUCCUUGAAAGGAAAUGUGGGCAGGAUUAUUUUGCAGAACAAUCACGUCAUUGACACGUAUUCCAGGAUUAUAUUUCCCACUGUGUAUAUUGUAUUCAACUUUUUUUACUGGGGUUUGUAUGUAUGAAAGGAAAACACUAUAAUCUAUGCACUAUUUUGCAUGUAAGGAUAGCAGAAUCUAUGUUUUUAAAAAAAACAGCAAUAGAAGAAAUGUUUAAAAGUUUCUGAAAUUGAUUCAGACACCGGUCAAGAGGAUGUUGGUUUGGUGACAGAAAAAUUAUGAAUUAAAAAC